AUGGCUCCAGUGGAGCUCACUGAACUGAAGAACCAACUAGAGGAGCUGCUGCAAAAAGGAUGCAUCAGACCAAGCGUUUCUCCCUGGGGAGCUCCAGUAUUGUUUGUGAAGAAAAAGGACGGCAGCAUGCGUCUCUGCGUGGACUAUAGGCAACUCAACAAAAUCACGGUGAAAAACAAGAAGGAUACCCCGUUUGCUUGGACGCCAGACUGCGAAAGAAGCUUCCAAGAGUUAAAGUGUCGCUUGACAUCCGCCCCAGUACUAGCCUUACCUAACCCCGACAUGGCCUUCGAAGUUUACUACGACGCCUCAGGACAAGGAUUGGGUUGCGUACUAAUGCAAUUCAAAAAGGUAGUGGCGUAUGCGUCAAGACAACUGAAGACCCAUGAAGCCAACUAUCCAACUCACCACCUCGAACUAGCUGCGAUAGUAUUUGCGCUAAAGACAUGGAGGCAUCAUUUGUACGGAGUUAGGGUUUCAAAAAAGGCUAACUUGGUGGCUGACGCUCUGAGUCGGAAGGUACUCAAGGCAUCAUGGCUGAUGAUAAAAGCAGAGUUGAUAAGGAAUUUUAGAGACAUGAACUUACAAGUUACCCUCGCUCCAAAAAGCAUACGUCUGAACCACCUAACAGUGGCAAGUCAAUUCAAAGAACAAAUAACUAAGGCACAGAGUUCCGACCCCAACUUUCAAGAAACCCUGCGCCUUGUCAAAGAAGGAAGAUUGAAGGGCUUCACCGAAGGAGGGGACAAGGUAUGGAGAUACCAAGGUCGAAUCUGUGUCCCAAGGGAAGGAGACCUUCAAAGCAAGAUUGCGGAAGAAGCCCACAGAGGAGAUUUUACCAUUCAUCCUGGCAUGACGAAGAUGUACCAUGAUUUGAAGAAGAUGUUCUGGUGGCCAGGGAUGAAAAAAGGAUUUAACCACGAUUGUGAAUAA